CCCUUAAUCCGGUUGGCUCAGAGACUGCCCGCAGGCCAAUUUGUAAGUGGUUUGCGGAGCUGCCAAUCAAAGCAGACAUCCUCUCCUCAGGCUGUGGCCACGAACAUCUCAGUUGCUGCGUGGAGAGAUUUGACGGAGGGGCACUCCUGUGCAUGGACCAUCACUGUUCUGCAAUCCGCCGCCUGCUCAACGGGAAAACCGGACGUUCACGGUGGAGAAAACACCCAUGUGAAUAUUUAGUUUUUGCAUGUCAGGAGAGGAGGAACUAGUCGCCGGGUCCGCGGCUGUUUGUCUUUUCGUAUCGCGUCUCCCCUCCGAUGUCACUCUAAUUAACCGGAGGCAUGUGGAAUCGCUCCAGGAUUAACGUUAGGAAUUGCUUCCCAAUAUUGUGCCUCCUGUUAGCGUUAUGGACAGAGGUGUCCCAGUCAACCGGCUAUUUCGAGCUGCAGCUGAUCUCCGUGGAGAAUCUAAAUGGCGAGUUGGCGGACGGGGAGUGCUGCGACGGCACCAGGAACUCCCAGGACCUCCGCUGCACUCAAGACGAGUGUGACACUUACUUUAAAAUCUGCCUGAAGGAGUACCAGAUGGAGGUCACCACCAACGGCCCCUGCACUUUCGGCGCUGGAUCUACUGAAGUUCUGGGUGGAAAUAUGUUUUCUGUUCCAAACGCAAAGAUGAACCCAAAUAAGAUUUUGAUCCCCUUCCAGUUCGCCUGGCCGCGGACAUUCACCUUGAUUUUAGAGGCCUGGGACUGGGACAACGGCACACGAAACAUUGAUGAGGAGCUGCUAAUCGAACGCAGCAUUCACACUGGAAUGAUCAAUCCCGGCGACCCCUGGCAGACCAUCCCGUACGACGGGCCGGUGGCUCGCAUGGUUUAUCGUAUCAGAGUGCGCUGCGAUGACAACUACUAUGGCAACAAGUGCAAUAAGUUGUGUGUACCACGUGACGACUACUUUGGCCAUUAUCGCUGCGAGCCUUCAGGGGCCCAGGUGUGCCUGGAUGGCUGGAUGGGCUCAGACUGUAGGACAGCGAUCUGCAAGCAAGGAUGCAACCUGUUACAUGGCAGCUGCUCUGUCCCAGGGGAAUGCAAGUGUAGCUAUGGCUGGCAGGGACAAUUCUGUGACGAAUGUGUGCUUUACCCUGGAUGCGUCCAUGGGACCUGCAACAUCCAGUGGCAGUGCAACUGCGAGAGGAACUGGGGCGGACUGCUGUGUGAUAAAGAUCUCAAUUACUGCGGUCGUCACCAGCCCUGUGUCAACGGAGGAACCUGCAUGAACACCGAACCAGAUGAGUACUACUGUGCCUGUCCACAGGGAUACUCCGGCAAGACCUGUCAGAUAGCUGAGCACGCCUGUGUUUCCAAUCCUUGCGCCAACGGUGGUACAUGCCACGAGGUUCCCUCAGGUUUUGAGUGCCUGUGUCCGCCAGGCUGGGAGGGUCUGACCUGUGCCAACAAUUUGGACGAGUGUGCCUCCAGUCCAUGUGCUCAGGGUGGAACAUGCAUCGAUCUGGAGGAUGGCUUCAAGUGUGUGUGCCCUCCACAGUGGGAGGGAAAGACAUGCCAGAUAGAUGCAAAUGAGUGUGCUGGAAUGCCCUGUGUGAACGCUUAUUCUUGCAAAAAUUUGAUUGGCGGAUAUCACUGUGACUGUUUUCGGGGAUGGUCCGGACAAAAGUGUGACAUCAACAUCAACGGCUGCAAUGGUCAGUGCCGGAAUGGUGCAACAUGCAAGGAGGGCCCGAGGGGUUACCACUGCCAGUGCCCUCCAGGUUUUGUCGGCACUCACUGUGAAAUCCAGAGGAAUAAGUGUGACAGCAGACCAUGCCAGAACGGCGGCCGGUGCCACGCCGUGUUGGACGGCUUUGUGUGUCAGUGCCCAGCGCAGUUUGCUGGACAGCUGUGUGAGAUCUCUGGCUGGUCCCCCUCAGAUGCUUGUGAUCCAAACCCUUGUGAGAAUGAGGCCAAGUGCCACAGCAUGGAUCAGGACUUUUACUGCGCGUGUGCCGAAGGCUACGAGGGAAAGACAUGUGAACGGCUCAAGGAGAACUGCCAAACCACCCUCUGUCAAGCGAUUGACAGCUGCACUGUUGCUGUAGCGACCAACGACUCAGUAGGAGUGCGUCACAUCUCUUCCAACGUCUGUGGUCCACGAGGACGCUGCAUCAGUCAGCCAGCGGGCAACUUCACCUGCAUGUGUGAUCCAGGUUUCAGCGGCAUCUACUGUCAUGAAAAUAUUAACGACUGCAUCAACAACCCCUGUGGAAACGGAGGGACCUGCAUUGACGGAGUGAACUCCUUUCAGUGCUUCUGUGCUGACGGCUGGGAGGGUCGACUCUGUGACCUCAAUGUCAAUGAGUGCACACACAAUCCGUGUAAGAAUGGCGGACGCUGCGUCGACCUGGUGAACGACUUCUACUGCAAGUGCGCCAACAACUGGAAGGGCAAGACCUGCCAUUCACGCGAGAGGCAGUGUGAUGCUACCACCUGCAGUAACGGAGGCACUUGCGCCGACCACGGGGAUGCCUUCCGCUGUGCGUGUCCCCCCGGUUGGGGAGGGAACACAUGCAACAUAGCCAAGAACAGCACAUGCGCCUCCAGUCCUUGUUCCAACGGUGGAACCUGUGUGGGAGGAGGAGACACCUUUACCUGUAUCUGCAAAGAGGGCUGGGAGGGCCCCACAUGUGGCCAAAAUGUAAAUGACUGCAACCCUCAUCCAUGUUACAAUGGCGGUAUCUGUGUCGAUGGAGUCAACUGGUUUCGCUGUGAGUGCGCUCCCGGUUUCGCCGGACCCGACUGCAGAAUCAACAUAAACGAGUGCCAGUCUUCACCAUGUGCCUAUGGCGCCACCUGUGUUGAUGAGAUCAAUGGUUUCCGCUGCAUCUGUCCACUUGGAAGAUCAGGAGCCCGAUGCCAAGAGUUUAUAGGUAUUGGACGGAUUUGCCACUAUGCUGGGCUGCCGUUUCCCCAUGGCAGCCGCUGGGAGGAAGAGUGCAACAGCUGCCAUUGCAUCAAUGGCAAAGUGGAUUGUACAAAGGUGCUGUGUGGUCGUCGUCCCUGCCGGCUCCAGUCUUACGGCCAUGACCAGAGACAGCAGUCCUGCCCGACUGGACAAGAGUGUCUUGAGCACAGUUACCUGACCUGCUUCAACCCCCCUUGCCAUCAGUGGGGGGUUUGUUCCAUGGUUAGACCCUCACCUCCAAAAGCAACCACCAAAUGCCAGCCAAACACUGGGCAUUUGGACAACAGCUGUGGCCGCAUAACACUCGUUUUCAACAAAGACAAAGUACCGCCUGGAACAACAGUGGAAAACAUCUGCUAUGAACUGAGGUAUCUUCCUGACACCCGAAGCUUGGCAAAAGAACAUGCCCUUCUCCUGCUGUGUGACCUCUCUCAUUCGAAUCAAGAUGCUGUAGAGGUGGCUAUAUCUUUCCAGCCAGAGGAUCUACCAGACCACAGUCUAAUCCAGGAGGCAGCCAGCGCCAUAGUGGGCAGCUUGUCCAAGCCACAUAACAGCUCCAUAAUGCUGGCUGUCAUUGAGGUCAAAGUGGAAACACAGGUCGUGCCCCAGUCAGUGGAUUACCUGGUGCCUCUACUUUGUGUGGUCUUCUGCUUGCUCUGCCUCUUCUGCACCAUCGUAUGUGUUUGGUGGACACGCAAACGGAGAAAAGAGCGUGAGAGGAACGCACGAUCAGCCGCCGACGACAACGUGAACAACCAGUGGCAGCCACUUCGGCCAGUCGUGGGACGUCAGCAGCAGCAGCAGCUGAAAGAAAGCAACAGGGACGCCGAGCAGGAGCGCAAAAAGCUCAUGGGGCCCUCCUAUCGGACGUGUGAUGAAGGGGAGGAGGAGGAGGAGGAGGAGGAGGAGGAGACGGAAGGCGAGCUUGAGCUCGAAGAGGAGUGCGGUGGAGCAGAGGCAGGAAAGCAGCCGGUUUAUAAGUACUCUAAAACUGCAAUGCAGUCCAGUGGGGGAGUGAUCUGUACCAUGCACAGCUCCAGUUCACCCCUUAAAGCGCCCCACCGGACCAGCUACAGCCCCAAAGACAACCGCUGGAAAAAUGUCAGUGCUGUCUUGACUAGUCAAAAAGACCUCAGAGACCAUUGUGUGUAGGAAAUUUAAACAAAGUACUCGCAAUGUGGAAUGAUAGAAACUGCAAGGCAGUAGACUAUUCUUAUUUUUUGAUUACUUUUGAAAAGAAAAAGAGGCUUUGCGUUUUAUUAAGCCGUUCUUUGUUUUCAUGUUUUUUGUCACUGUCACCUGAAAUAAUUUUUUAUUCCCGAGGCUAAAGUACAGUGAACAUCCUUAUUUUUUUUUUUUUUGCUUCUGUUCACUUUUUUCUUUAAUUAUGUACAGAAGAGCUGAAAUGUAACAAUUUUUCAGGGGGCAAAAGAAGCUCUUUGCAAUUUUUGUUGAUGGAAUUGUACCAUUUAAAAAAACAAUGAAUCAUCGAAAGGAGAAAAAACAAAAACUGUAUAAAGAUUUACUUGUUUACAGAUGAUUAUGAUUUUGUUGAAUUGUCAACGGAGUCCCGUUCAGUGUCUGUAGGGGAGCAGAUACACAUUAAAGGGACAGUAAAGGAAGGAUUUUGAGGGAAAUGGCCUGUUGCAGCCACAGUUGCUCUGUCUCUUUCCAGUUUUGCCCACUGAUCCACCUGUGGCCGUCAUGUGCCAGCCUUACCAAAACACUUGGCCUGGAGGGGAGAGGGGACAGAAACCCCAGUGCCUACUAUGUGGCCUUCCAUUUUUUUUCUCCUGUCUCUCAGUUGUCUUGGCUGAAAGCUCUGUUUGAGGAUUUUUUGCAGUAUUUGAGUUGGUAGCAAGUGCCUUUCUAAGAGCCGUGUCGAGGCUCCAAGUCGCGCUGCCCAGUUUGACCUCCGUGUUCUCAAAUCUCAAAGGGAUAUAAGUGUACAUCUAGAGUUCAAUUUCACAGCAACACCAUUCAAGGUAUUUGAUCAAAACAGAAAUGAAUACUCUGUAUAUAUGUGUAAAUACUAAAGGAGUCGCUGUGUAUAUUUGAAAUAAGUAACUUAAAGACAAGUCACACAAUUUUAUUAUUAUUAUUAUUAUUAUUAUGAUUAAUUUUAUUAUUAUUAUUUUUUUUUUUACAACGCCAUUCAUUUUAUUUAUGCCAGUUGAAUUAGGCAUGUUUUAUGACUCUUCAUAUCCAAAGUCCCACAGUUAGGAACUUUUACAAUGAGGUACCAUCUAUGAAGGAAUUUCUGAUGGGUUUAUAAAUUGUUAGUAAUGAGGACGCAUUUCUUUUUUUUUGUGACUAACUGUCACAUCAGCAGUUGUGGCUAUGUCUUGUGGCAAAUCAGUGAUGCCUUUAAUUACCAUAAAAUAACUGGCUAAAGGAUAGAAGGCUACUUUCAUUUAAAAUAUAAUAAUAAAAACUUUUUUUCUGCCUAUAUAUAUGGUACAAUAUUACUAAAUUUGGUCUCAGGCUUCAGCUACCUUUGCAAUGUAACUCUUCUACCAGCAUGGCAAUAUUAACCAGUUAGUCUACGUCAAAAGUUGUUUGACGGCAAGCAUUAUGGAUAGUUUUUGGAUGCAAUUAAAUCCAAAUUCUUUAGCACUUAAUUUUCUCUAUUAAAGAAAACUGAGGAACACCUGUAUUAGCUAAAGUGAUAAAUCCGUUUUUUUUAUUAUUUCAUAAUUGCAUCGCAAAACAUGUUUUUAAUAUGGUCAUACAGGGGAAGUCAAAAAUGCAUCAAAUGGGGCAGAAAGGUUCUGUCACACUGCUAUUUAGAGACUGACAGUUGCCGUUAUGGCCACUCCUCAAUCCUUGAUGUACCACUAGGUGUUUUGCUUGAUGGCGAAUGGAGAACGCCUGUUAUGAAAAUGUAAGUAUGAGCGUGGCCAAAUUUGCACCAACAAAUCAUCUGCCAAUUGGAAAUGUUUGACCCAGUCAUUAUUUGCUCUUUACACUUUAGUCAGUUUUUAGUUACUCUAUUAGAGGUAUCACUGAUUUCGGUUGUUUAUUCAGGAUUUGGUUAACAAGAAAAUUCACCAGUAGCUUUUUGCAGGCAGUGCUGCAAAGCUGCCAACAUUAUAGCCUUAAGAAGUUCUCAAAACAUUUCUAAACCCAUCACAAACCCUUUUCUUUCAGGUGCCUUAAUGUAAUGAGUAAUUCAUUAUAUUUGUAUCAUCUUUUUAUGUUGUUGGUUUGUUUUCACUAUUAAGGAAAGUAACUUUAAAACAUUGUGUGUUGUAUAGUGGCGUGUUUUAUUCGCCUGAGUAAAGUGCUCUCCUUGUCUUGCUUUGCUGUCAUGGAGAUUUCUGGAAUAAAACACUUAAUGGAGGAUUUGAGAUAGAAAAAAGUCCACUACAACUCUUUUGAGUGUCAUGAAUGUGGAUGUCAGUCGGUCAAAUGUGGACAUGCAUUGGCUUCAUGUUUGGUUUAAAGGCUUUAAUGAAGGGAACAAUAUUUGCAGUUGCAAAUGUUUUGCUACCAUGCAGAUGUGUUUUUUUUUGUUACCAACUCAGUUCAAAAGUACCCCUUUUUCAUAUCAUGUCAUUGUCUCAAAACUGCAUCGUAUUUUCUGUAAAUGGGACACAGCAAAAUAUAGAAUUAAAGAUGCAUCACUGCUGGUGUUAAAAGAUGAAUAUGCAUAUUGUAUACAUUUUAUUCUACAAGUGACAGUUCGUUUUAUACAAAGUUUUCCAUUCUUUUAGUGGAUGUUUCACUGUUCUAAUUAAUCAUCCCAGUUAUUUAUUAAAGCCAUUUUGUUCAA